CAAGUCCUUGACAUCUAUAGCGAGUCACGGACUCUUAAGGUUGCUAGAACAGACUACAUAGGAGGAAUCUGUCCUAAUCUCCUUCACAACACCACUUUGAAUUCAGCUUCUUUCAAUUAUUCUUCGGGCAUUCGGAAUAUAACUCUGUACUAUGAUUGUCCUGCUCGUUCGACUGCAAUUACUACACCUCAAGGGUUUUCAAGUCAGUUUACUUGUACCUUAAACGACAGCGAUAGCAAUGGUUUUUAUGUGACAAGAAGGCUAAGUGGUUAUGACAAUGCAAUAAUCAGCUUCUUGGUAUCCUGCAAAAAUAACGUUACUGUUCCGGCAACAGAAUCAGCUGUUCUGCCUAUAGAGAUUAGUCCUAGAGAGGAAAAUUUGAUUGCAGCUUUAGAGCAGGGUUUUGGACUUCAAUGGACUGCAAAUGAUUCUACUUGUGCCACGUGUAAAUUGUCUGGUGGGCUGUGUGGUUACAACUAUACCACUAGUUCAUUUGCUUGUUAUUGCUCUGAUCAGGCUCAACCGUUUAGCUGUGGAACAACAAAUCAACAGGAAUCAGGAGACAAAUCAAAUAUAGCAGGAGACAAAUCAAAUAUAGCAGUGAAACUUGGAAUAGGACUUGGCACAGCAGUGGCAGUUGCAGCUAUUUUCAGUAUUUGUUAUUGCAUCAUUAGAAGAGGAUUUUGGAGCAAAACGAAGAACACAAAACAAGAAAAAGACAUAGAAGCAUUCAUCAUGAACUAUCACUCUCUCACGCCACAACGGUAUUCAUAUUCAGACAUUAAGAAAAUUACCAACUCAUUGGCUGAUAAACUAGGUCAAGGUGGAUUUGGAAGUGUGUAUAUAGGAAAAUUAAAGGAUGGUCGAUGUGUGGCAGUAAAAGUUUUAAAUAAAUCUAUAGGCGAGGGAGAAGAAUUUAUUAAUGAAGUUGCGAGUAUUAGUAGAACUUCACAUGUCAAUAUUGUUACUCUAUUAGGAUUUUGUUAUGAGAGGACUAAAAGAGCUUUGAUAUAUGAAUACAUGCCUAAUGGUAAUGGAUCUCUAGAGUAAAUUACUUAUACGAUUUAGGAAUCAGCUAGAAAGAAUGUGUAUAUGACAUUGCAAUUGGGCAUUUGCUAGGGUUUAGAAAUAACUUGCAUCCGGUGUAAUACUAGGAUUGUGGCAUUUAUGAUAAAACCUCAAAUGGUCCUUUCUAGUGAUGAUCUCUGUCCAAAAAUCUCUGAUUUUGGUCUUGCAAAACUAUGCAGAGAAAGAAGUUAG